AUGAUUGGUGCGGAGGGCGAGAGCAUGCGGGACAAUCUCAUUGGUCCGUUGAUCUAUGUCUCGGGCUCCAACACCCUGGCCAAAACUGGACUGGGCUAUGCAACCUCGGGCGACUAUGGCUUUGCUGAGAUCAAGAAAUAUGUUUCAGUGCUGCGGGCUGCCGGGGUAGAAGUCUUCAUCUCUGUCGGCGGAUGGAACUACAACUGCUAUCCAUAUUUGUAUAUGCGUUUCAGCAUCUACAAUCCUGGGAACGGCCCCAAUUUCUGGAAGAUUACCCAGUAUGCCAACGGCCAAGCCAGCGGAUGCACCGAGUCCAACAUGUGGUGCUAUGUCUGCGAGCCCCAGAGUGAAAACACAACCUUGUCGAGCUUCACGAUAUUCCCAGAACCCAGUAACAGCGCUUCUUGGACAGCGGCCCAGUCCUACAUUCAAGCUGGUGCGGCCUCGGGAUACGCUCCAACAUGGCAUCCGCAGCUCUAUGGCGGGGCCCAGUACACCGACUCGAACGGCGUCACAACCAUUGUCCCGGGCAACUCGGAUUGGAAGAGUCAGAACCGAGAUCCAUAUCAAGAUCUGGUGUUCUUGGCAAAGGACCUGGGACUUGAUGGCAUCGACAUUGACUACGAAGAGACCUGGCACGCCGACACCUUCAAGGUCAGCACCUCGGCCUCGUCACCACAAGGCCCGUUCAGCAUCCACCAGACGGUCUACAAGUAUACGGCCAUUGCUCGGGAUAUUAUGCUCAACAUUCAAAAGUUCUAUCCCACGUGCAAGCUAUCGACGGCAGCGGCGGCGACCGGAGCCCAGACGACCAGUUGGUGGGGCGGCAACCUGCAUGGGCUGUGGGCCAUCAUGAAGCAACUCUACCCAGACACCUUUGCUUUCAUGACACAAGGAAGCAACGCCGGCGGGCUCAACAUCAUGAGCUACGAUCUCUCAAGUAACCCGACAUUCCACGAAUGCCCGACGGACAAUAUAUGCGACCUGCCUGGCCAGGUCAACUUUUACCUUAACACAUAUCAGCAGAUCAGUCCCGGUGGUGUCUAUGUUGGCUACGAAGUCGGUCAGCCGGCCUAUCCCGACUACACCCAGGACCCAACGCACCAGCUGCCCCUCACGUCUUCGGCGCUCCAGCAGAUCAUCCAGUCUACACAGCCCCAGUAUCAGGGUGGCUUCUUCUGGGAGCUCUACAAGGGCCCCGGCAAUCAGCCAACUAGCGUUAACCCUACGACAACAUCACAGCAAAUCUGUAAGGCAGUGCUCGGGUCGCAGAACAGUCGCUGUGCUGGGGUAAUUCCCGCUCCCAGCAGCCCGCAGCCUUCCUCAUCGACGUCUUCGAGCGUCAGCCGGCCAUUCUGCCCCGUUCCCACCUUCAAUCCGAGCCCGAGCCCAAACCCAAGCCCCAUAGUAACCACAACGGCUAUUGUCGUAACAACAACGAUCCCCGCCCAAGUCACGACAACAACAACCACAGCGACAUCAACUACGGCUGUACCGACGUCGAACCCGAGCCAGCCCACUGCUGGCAAGCCAUGCACCCAGUUCGGUGCCUAUGCUUGUGGCUCGGCAAAUGACAUCUUGAUUUGCAGCAGCGUGUGGCUGCAACUUGGGGUGUGCUCGCCCACACAAAAGUGCAUGUCGGGUGUCUAUGUGUGUGUCUGAUAUCAAUCGGAACGAGGGGUGGGGUGAGGGGAAGGUCAGUGC